AUGGCUGGAUCAAAUGACUUGAACCCCACACGGCCAACAGGCCACGUAAGGGCCUCACCGGCACGUGGCGGCCAGCCGGUACGCGCUUCCACAGUCGUCAGAGAUUCUCCAGCUCACGAAAAGAGCUCGGCGACAGACGAUAAGAUUCUCGCGGCACUCACGGCCCUGACGAGUCGCAUGGCAAAAAUGGAGUCUUCGCAGUGCGAGCGCGAUGAAAGUGACAAAUUUCUAAGCGCUGUCGAAAACGGCAUGUUCACAUCAGCGCUUGGUGCGAACAUGUGCGCACGGCAGAUGAUGACAGACGCGCUAAUGGACUCGCCUGAGCAGAAGCCUGCUGCACGGCCGUCCCUUUCGCGCGUGCCUAAACACACAGAGUCGGUGUUUGCUUCGCUUGCGCCGCCAAAGUGGGCAGACGCCGCUACAUGA